UUCCUUGAAGCCAAUGAUUCCAACCCAUACAUGCCUAUAUGCAAACCUCUCCACACACACACACACACACACAGAGAAACGCACACAUACAUAUCACUGGAUAAGAAAUGUUUUAUGUCACUCAACACUUCCGUCACCAAAGCCACAUUUUCUUAACCAUUUACUUACAGCAAAAGAGUUCUGUUUUUAAUCGACAUACUUAACGCCAACAGUCCCUUCCAUGCUAUGCAGUGACAACAUCAACAACAUCAACAGCAACAACAACAUACAAAGAAACAAACAUACACAUCAGAGAUAGAGGUUGGUGCUUGUUGCUGCACCUCGUCAAAUAGUUUACGAUGAUGCGCGCCAAGAAGACGGAGAAUAAGAUGUCACGCCGCAGAAGUUUGCGAAGAAACAAAAUCGUGCUGAAUGCGUACAAUAACAAUGGCAAGAAGAACAUGAAUAAAAAUGUUGCCAAAGAGAAAAACAAUGGUAGCAAGAAACAUCACCACAACAAUGAUGGCAACAACAAUACCACCAUGACCACCACCAUUGACACCACAAACAACAACAUUGACGAAAGUAAGAUUCACAAUCUUUUACCUGGGUUUUAUGACAAGACCAAGUCAACAGAACAUGUGGCAAAACACAGGACUUCUGCUGCUAGAAUUGAAUCAGAGACAAAACCAACAAAUAAUAAUAAUAAUAGUAAUAAUAAUAAUAAUAAAAAUAUUCCGGAUGUUGAAUGUGAGGAAUUCCCAGAAAUGUUGCCAUUUCCUACACCAUCGAGAGCAGUAGUAUUAUUGCAAGCUGCUCGAGCUUUUGAAGUGUUACAGCAUCCAGAUGACUGGCCCACUUCACUGGAAUCUCAUUUAGAUGAAAACCUAUUUGUGACCCAUGACUUAUCGGAUCUUUCAGAAAAGAAUGAUCUAGAAAUGCGAUUCAUAUUUGAUCUGGCAUAUUCUGCCCUGAAAUACCAGAGCGUUUUAAGCAACCUUUUAAGACAUUGCCGUUUCUAUAGACUAUUCCCAGACUUAGUUUCCCACCAUUCCACAGUCAUGGUGGUUCUUUACGACCUGGUGAAGGCCAGAUUCGAAGAACCACAAGGGAAAAGCCAUGAAACCCUAUCCUUGAUAGGGCAAAUAGAGCGAGCUGUUUAUUCCUGCAAGACAAAGUUAAGCGCUUGGUUAGCCAGACACCGUAUCAAGGCAAAUGCUUUGUCUCUAGAUUCUCUUUUACCUGAACAGGUACGAUCGAAGGACAGGAUUAGUUCACAGAUGAAUGUUUAUAUUUGGGUUAAUCAACUCAAAACGAGUAUAGAGAAAGUAAUUGAUAUCUUCUCGGAAGAGGGCUUCACACUGACAACUGACAAUACAGAACGAGGCAAAGUGUUCGCCAGGGACCGUCAUUGUUCCGAUGUUCUUGUCUUCCCACCUGCUUUUAAGCUGUAUCUGAGGCAACACCAACUUUUUAAAGAUGGAAAUAUUGUACUGCAGGACAAGUCAAGUUGCAUUGCACCACUGUCUGUGGCACCUUUAAUUCAAGAUGAUGAUGAAGUGAUGCAUGUCAACAUAGGUUCAGCCCUAGCUACAGCUCAUGUGGCCAGUCUACUCUGCUCCACCAAAUGUCGUAUUUGGGGCCUGGUGGACCCAAACCAUCUUAAAUCUGCUCAGAAAAAUCUAGAAUUUCUGGACAUCAAAAAUGUAAAACUCUUGACAGAAUCAUUCUUAGAUUUGUCUCCAGAUGAUCAGAAGUUUAAAGCUAUCAGAAUAAUCUUGUUGACGGCCAAGUGUAGCAAGUCUGCUUUAAACAGCCCAGUUGAUUUUGUGAUUAACGAAGGAGAAGAUAUCAGUGUCCUGAAAACCUUAUCACGUGGUGGUGUCAGCAGGGAACAGUUGGAAGGUCUGUGUAAAGAGGAAAUGGAAUACCUCAAGCAUUCGCUUCUCUUCCCUAACGUGAAAGGUGUGGUCUACUUGACCAGAUCCAUCCAUGACCUAGAAAAUGAAGUGGCUGUAUCAAAGACUCUGGAAUACGUCAACUCAUUUGUCCACUCCAGUCAUUCCAUUUACAAAGUUGUUCCUCCUGUUUUACCAUUCAACAGAGAUGACAUUCAAAAUAAGAUUGGCCUUCAAGAUAAAUACAUCAAGUUCAAACCAUCAGCUGCCAUGAAUGGCUGCUUCUUAGCAAUCAUUGCUCGAGGGGGUGAACAAAACUAUUUUGCAAAAGAAUUACCAAACUUGCAUUCAAAUAGCACCAAAUAUUCUGUAAGGAGGAGAAGCAUGAUCAAAUCAAACUUCCAGAGUUCUAAUCGAAAUAAUGCUGCAAAUAAAACCAAAGAGAGAAUUUUGGCAGACCAGAAACUCCUUGAAAUCUUGAAACCAAUUAAAACAAAUACCAUCCCUCAAAUGGUUCCUGGAAUUCAAACGCUCUCUUCAGAGAUUGGUAGAUAUUCAUUGGGCAGUCCUGAUACAUUUGUGCGACCAAGUCACUUUCACUCUCGUUUGUUGAAUUCACAACAAGAGGACAUAGCACUGAAGCAAAGUAUACAGUUUCAGUUUCGGAAGAAGCUCAGCAUUGAUUCAUCCAACGGGUCGUUUGGAUUCAACAAAACUAAUCAUUUGGCAGAGCACAAGAAAAUUGUAAAUCAUCCGAAACCAUUUCGAUAAUGAAUGAAUUACUAACACAUUUGCUACUUGAAUAACUGUCCAUUACACACACACACACACACCUAUAUAUAUAUAUAUACACAUGUGUGUGUGUAUGUACACAUAUCUAUCUAUCUAUCUGUCUAUCUAUAUAUAUAUGCUCUAGUAUGGCUGCAGUCUGAUAAAUGAAACAAGUAAAAGAUGAAAAAUAUGUGUGUGUAUACACACUCACAUAUAUAUAUAAAUGUAUGUAUGUAUGUAUGUAUAUAUACUGAAUGUCAAUAAAUCAAGAAAAACAAAUUUACAUUGGUAGUCAUCCAGAGAUAUCCUUUAUGGAGUUACUGUAUUUCAAAACACAAUGUGUAUUGGAAGGGGAUAGAAAUCAUCCUAGCAGUGACUGGUGAGAUGCUAAAUGUGCAUUUUUGCUUGUACUUCAAGCCAACUGCAUGCUGAGAUGAAAUCUAUUGCCACCAAUACAGGAAAACUGAGAACAAACCGUCACUGAUAUUGCAAAUAUUCUCCUGCCUGAAUAAAAACCUGUUAUAUGCAACAGAAUUACUAUUGGAUAAAAAUAGAUAUGUAUGUAUCAUACUUAAUGUAAAUACACAGUGAAAAGCAAAUCUACUGGGGUAUUCAUCUGGAGAUAAUAUCUAUAAUGGACAUGUUGUGUUUAAAAAUACAAUAUAUAUCAGGUGGACAUAAAUUGUCUUAGCAGUAGCUGAAAAUGUUAGAUGUGUAUGUCUUUCUCAUAUGGCAUUGUCAGUGGUAUGUACUCUCAGCCAACUGAUAACAUGUAUGUUGUAUACAUGCAUGUACAUUAUUAAAUAAAGUAAUUUGACCACUCUUUUCCAAUCCUCAAUGUCUCUUAGUGUGGGAGAGAUUGUCUCCUGCUCCAUUACAAACACUGCAUUAGCACAUUGUAAAGGGGUAAACUGGCAGAAUUGUUAGCAAGCAGGGUGAAAUGCUUAGGAGCAUUUCAUCCAUCUUUAUAUUCUGGGUUCAAAUUUUGCUGAGGUUGACUUUGCCAUUCACUCUUUCGGGGUCAAAAUUUGAAACCAAUAUUUCACUACUGUAAGACACUGAGUUGCAGAAUCAUUAUUGUUGGGGGGG